ACUAUAUUUCUCUUUAUAUAUACACAAAACCAUAGAUGUUCAAACUAGUAGUACUACUAUAGUCAUAAUAAUAUAUAUUAUAUUGAGAAGAAAACGGUGUCGUUUGAUAAUGAAGAUCCUAAAGCAAAACCAACUGAGAAGCUUAAUAAUAAGCGUAAUAGUCUCAGUUGCCGUUUUGAUAAUUUUCGUGUCGUUUUCUGGUCCGGUGGGUUUGUUAGAAUACGACAUAAGAAUCAUAAACGGUUUUAGCGACAACUCAUCUUUGCCUCUAGUGAUCUGGUGUGCCUCGGAACAGAGCGAUCUCGGUGGACGCGCGUUGCAGGAGAGAGAUGAUUUCAGCUGGAGAGUGAGAACUGACAUGUGGGGUAAUCCUCACUUUGUUUGUACGAUGAAAUGGGAUCGGAAGAGGAAGAAGUUCGAUGCUUUUAAGGUUUCUAGAGAUGUUCGUCGAUGUAGUCUGUUAAGGAAGUGUUCUUGGUUGGUUACUGAAAAUGGCUUCUUUUUUAGUGAUGAUGAAAUUAAUUGGAAAAAAGAUUUUUCAUGGCCAUAAUAUAUAUAUAUAUAUAAUAAUAAUAAUAUUUUGUGUUUUUCAAUAUAUAAUAAUAUUAAUAAUAAUAAUAAUAAUAAUAAUAAUAAUAAUAAUAAUAAUAAUAAUAAUAAUAAUAAGUUUUGUACCCAAAAUAUACUUAUGUAGUAAUAUUAUGUUGUAGUACUUGUUGAGAUUGAGACUCUAGUUUUUUUGAUCAUACAUUCAUGUAAUUUGUUUUUUUUUAGAACCUUUCAUGGUUUGGGCAAUAUAUAUAUAAAAAUAUAUAUUAGGCAACUGAAAUCUCUAAAUAAAGAGAAAAACAAUAUUAUGUUUGUUGA